AUGAAGUCCAAUCCGGCCUUAGGCCCGCGCAGGCCCGCUGUGUACCCCGCGUUUCUCUCCAGAGUAGCAAAGGCGUUCAAGGAGGGCAUGGUCUUGACCAUCAACAUGAAGGACGGCUUGGAAUACCAUGACUCGUUCACGGGCAAGGCGGCCAUCGACCUCAUCUGUAACAUCAUCCGCACAAACGACCGGAAUUUGGCGUUGCUUCUCGGACGGUCCUUGGACGCUCAGAAAUACUUCCAUGACGCGACUUAUAACCACAGAUUGAGAGACUCGGUGAAUGAGGUAUAUAACUUUACGCGCGUGUACAGCGAUGUGGAAUUUUUCGACGAAAGCACCGGGAGCAACAAGACGUCGCAACGAACGUCUGCCGAUCCCACCUUGGGAACUACAAACACCGCACCGUACCCAACGACAAACUAUCCGCUUGUUCCAGACAGCCCGAUCGAGGCUGGUCACGGCAGCUACACUAGUCUUACCAAAGCAAGCACUGAAAGGGAAUUCAAAGAGCUGUCAAGAGUUAAUGGAGUGUUUACAAUUCUUACUGACUGUUACUCGCCCACGUGUAGCCGCAGCAGAUUGUGUUACUCGAUCGCUUGUCCCCGCCGGCUCGAGCAGCAAGCCAGACUAAACAUGAAGCCCCGCGGUGGCUUGCGAAGGGCUGUCUCGAGACUCUCGCUUCACGAUUCAGAGGCCACAAAGACCUUGUGGCAUGAAACCGUCGAUCAGACUGUUUUAGAUAAGUUGGACAAGCAUGAAAAAAUGCGCCAGGAGCUAAUUUACGAACUCAUUUAUACGGAGAGGGACUACGUCAAGGAUUUGGAGUUCAUGACUGAUUUUUACAUCAUGCCAUUGCGCAACCCGGUAAACAAUAUUAUACCAGAGCGCGAGCGCGAGGCGUUUAUCAGAACUGUCUUUGGUGGUGUAAGCGAUUUGCUAAGGUUGGCGAAGAGCUUGAGCGAAGCCUUGACAAUGAGACAACAGUCUCAAAAGCCAGUGGUAGAGUCUGUGGGCGACGUAUUGCUUCUGUUUAUUGGCAGCUUUGAACCAUUCAUCAAAUAUUCAGGAAAUAAGGUGUUUGCCAGUUUUGAGCAUGAGCGUCAACAGCAAGUCAACUUGAAGUAUGCGCGCUUCCUAGAAGCCAUUGAGAAAAAGCCCGAGUCUAGAAAACAAGACUUCUCAUCGUUCCUCAUCAAGGGUGUGCAGAGACCGGCGAGAUACCAGUUGUUAGUCAGCGGGAUUCUUAAAAACACAAAGGAGGAUUCUCCUGAUUACAAGAAUUUGUUGAAGGCAAAGGAAGAGAUUGAGAAGGUUUUGGUUAAAAUUAAUAUUCAGACGGGUGAAGCUACCGAUCGUCACAAAAUCAUGGUUUUGCACAGACUUUUGGGCAGGCAAACCCUAGAAGAGAGGUUCAACUUCAGAUUGAACUACAACAACAGAAUCAUCUACCAGGUGACUUUGAGCAGAAAAAGAGAGAACGAAAAGAUCGAUCUCUAUUUAUUUGAACAUGCAUUACUCAUGGUCAAGCAUAAGAUUCAGAAUAAGAGAGAAGUGCAUAAGGUGUUCGAAAGACCGGUGUAUCUUCAGCUUUUGUUCAUGAAUAGUGGAUACGAGCCUCCGAAUUUCAAAUCGUUGCUUCCAUACAGGGAAAGUGGAUCGCUUGUGUCAGACGCAGGCUUAAAGAACAAGACUGAGGCUUCGCCGUACAAUCCAGUGUCUUCAUCACAGCAGAGGAUGCAAUUAAACUUUUUUGGAUUGGGUAGUAACCCCGUACAUGUUUCCUUGUUUGCAGACGAUCUCACCAAUCAAAACCAAGUUUUGCUGCAGAUUCAACAGCAACAAAGAAAGUUGAUCGCAAAGCACGAUGUGUUCUCGAUUUGCAAAUAUGAGACACGAAGAUUUACGGGAAAUAACAGAAUCAAUUGUGCAGUUCCUUGUUAUGGUGGUAAGAAAUUGAUGUAUGGCACUGAUUCCGGUGUGUGGGUGUCAACAGUACGCUCAAUCAGCAUGACAUCACUCGAAAAGAUUUGUUCUGACCCAACGAUGGUGAUCAGCAAACCUGACGUCACACAAUUGGAGGUUUUGGUUGAGUAUUCGAAGGUGUUGGUUUUGUCCGACAAAACACUCUAUGAGUUUGAUUUAUCUUGCACGGAUUCGUUGGACCAUGCAAAAAAUACCAGAAGUGGUAAAAUAAUUUUGACGCACGUGUCGUUCUUCAAGACAGGCGUUUGUGACGGCAAGCUUCUUCUUUGCGCAGUUAAAAGUGGUAAUGCUAGAGCCAUCAACAUUGUUGAGCCUACCAACCCCUUUGACAAGAACAAGAACAAGAACAAAAGACUUGAGGUUCGAGAAAUUACGUUUGCCUCGGAGCCUGUUCUGAUUUCAUUUUUGAAAACGAAAUUAUGUAUUGGAUGCACGAAGGGAUUCGAGAUCUUGUCGCUCAAGGCAGGCCGCAAAGAAUCAAUUCUUGACGAGGCAGACCCCUCGUUGGACUUUGCCACACAGCGUGAGAGUGUGACGCCCCUUGCAAUUCACAGACUUGAUAAGAACUUCCUUUUGAGUUAUAGUGAGUUUUCCUUUUUCAUAAACAGGAACGGUUGGAGAACAAAACACGACUGGGGAAUUUUUUGGGAAGGGACGCCGCAAAACAUUGCCAUGUUCUACCCCUACCUACUUGCAUUUGAUCCUGGGUUUAUUGAAAUCCGGGAUUUGGAGAGCACGGCAUUAAUACGCGCGUUGGUGGGAGAAAAUAUAAGGUAUCUUCACUCAAACGAGCACGAGGCUUUAUACGCAUGUGAGGAGAAUGGGUACGAUAUAAUUGUUUCCAUUGACUUUUUGAACUUGAAACCAAAACAAGCAUCGAAGUAA